UAGCAGCACACAACAGCUCACUUAUGAUAAGCCCGCGAAGAAGUGAUGAAACCGGAGAUGACGUAAUCUGCAGAAUCAAAACAGAGAAUUUGACAGCUCAACACCGCCCCGCGAAAGUCAUAUAAAAUGUGAUGGGUGAGGUCACUGACAGAGUCAAAAGUAAACUACAUUUACAUCUAUCCACCGUCUUAAGAUAACGGCGAUACUUUAUAUCGGACUGUCCAGGAAUGCAAACCCGAAGAAAAUAUACUUCUUGCUGGUUUUUUCCGGUAACCGCGACAACCGCUCUGUGUGUAAAUAACGUUAGCUCGUUAGCUUCAACGGCUAACGAAAGUUGCUCCAUGGCUAUCCACGGGCCGAACAUGACCAUAUAUAGACCGGCCACAGAGCUCCCUCGCCGGUGAAAUGUAAACAGUGACUCGCCGAGGAGGCUGACAAAGGGCAAGGCGAAAAACAAAACUGCGCCUGGAAGAGGAAAAAACAAAAAAACACGACGUCUCCGCCAUGUCGUCUGAGCAGGUUAUUGCCAUCGUCAUGGAUGACAAAAUCUACGAGGUGAAUAAAAAGAAGCUGAUAGAGAAGAGCGACUACUUCCGUGCGCUGUACAGCUCCGGGAUGAGGGAGUCCACGGAGGACUCGGUGCAGCUGCAGGGGCUCAGCGUCCCCGGCCUGGAGCUGGUCCUGGAGUUCAUCAACACCUCCAAGGUCCAGGUCGUCAACGAGACCCUGGAGGACCUGAUCGAGACCGCCUCCUUCUUACAGGUCACCUCCAUCCUCAAGCUCCUCACCUCGGAGGUCCGGCAGGACAACUGCGUGGAGCUGUACAGCCUCUCCGAAGUCUACGGGACCCACGAUCUGCGUAAGGCUUGUUUGAAAUACAUGAGCUGCUACUACCACCCCAUGCUGAGGAGGCCCGAGUUCAGCGGCCUCCCCGCCGCUGUCCGAGAGCAAGUCAGGGAGAUGCGCAUGAAAGGCACCGCCACCCUGGUGGCCAUCGGAGACUUCACCUGUCUCUCCCUGGAAAUGGCCGAUCAGGAUGAGCAUUGGUCCAUGCUGAGGUACGGAGAGGCGGAGCAGCGCUGGAAGCCGCUGGCAAACAACCUGCCUCCAGACAUGAUCAACGUCAGGGGAUACGGCUCCGCCGUCCUGGAUAACUACCUCUUCAUCGUCGGCGGCUACAGGACGACCAGCCAGGAGAUCAGCGCGGUGCACUGCUACAACCCCUGCAGGAACGAGUGGAACCCGGUGGCUCCGCUCAACCAGAAGAGGUCCAACUUCAAGCUGCUGGCGGUGCAGGGGAAGAUGUACGCCGUGGGGGGCCAGAGUCUGGGGACGGUGGAGUGUUACAGCCCGGAACAGGACUGGUGGACCUGCGUGUCCUCCAUGCCCGACCCGCUGGCCGAGUUCUCGGCCUGCGAGUGCCAAGGGAUGAUCUACGUCAUGGGGGGAUACACUGCAAGAGACAGGAACACCAGUGUCCUGCGCUACUGUCCCUCCUCUGACACCUGGACAGUGUUUCGGACCUGUUCGGCGCACAUCCGCAAGCAGCAGAUGCUCUCCGUGGAGGACACCAUCUACCUGGUGGGCGGCUACACCCACGAGCUGGAGUUCGGCCCGAGGCAGCGGCGCCCCAGCCAGACGGAGGACGUGCUGACGGUGCAGUCCUACAACGUCUCCACGGGCGAGUGGGUCCAGCUGAAGGAGAACACGUCCAAGUCGGGCCUGAACCUGACGUGCACGCUGCACAACGACGGCGUCUACAUCAUGAGCCGCGACGUCAGCCUGCCCACCAGCCUGGAGCACCGCGUCUUCCUCAAGUACAACAUCUUCUCUGACGCCUGGGAGGCCUUCAGGCGCUUCCCGGCGCUGGGUCAGAACAUGCUGCUGUGCUCGCUCUACCUCCCCAGCGUGCUGUGAUGGUGGGAGAGAGAGAGAGAGAGAGAGAGCUAGAACCCGCUAUUGGCCUGGUGUUUGGCCCCGCUUGUUCUCGCGCACAAUGGGGCUCUGUGGCGUGAGCGGGAGCAGCGGCCCGGUCGCCAGGGGUAACGCCCCCCGUGACCUUUGUUCCUCGAACAAGAAAAAAAAAAAUAGAAGAACGCGCCGCGCUGUCCGUGCUGCUGUGGAUGCAGACGCUGCAAUGGCGAGCGCGAAAGGCGACGGAGGUCAGCGGCAUCGCAACCGCAACGUGCUUUUGAAUCUAUGGGUCACCACAUUCCCGUUGUUUACACUCCAAAUAUUCACUUAAAAAAGCAGAUAGUCAUGAAGCAUGGCUUUGGUUUUACACUGCCACUCUGAUGGAUGUAGCAGGUGAUAUUGUGCGAUGAGAAGGGGCUUAGAGGGAGCUCAACGGGUUGUGUGUCCACUUUGCACGGGCUUAUUUUCCCCCAGAGUCACACUCGGCUUAACGAUGUGCCUUCUGCAACCUCAGUGAGUGGAAGCUGAUAAAAAAAAUAAAAGCACAAAAUACAAAGCCUUUGCUACACUGCUGGAAAACUGACCCACACGGCUGUGACUGAACUAUUUGUCUCCUCUCUGCUGAAGCAGAUGGGGGUUUUCAUGAAGGUACUAAUUGGUUCCUUGAUUAAAUAAAUGUGGAUUGUGGAGACAUGGGACCCUCAAAGUCUUAUGUCAAUGCAACACUUUCAAUGUUUGAUUCAGCAGAUUUCAGAUUCUCUUUGCGUUACUUAUUUUUUUGAAAGCAUAAGAUAAUAAAGACAAUGUUUUUUGUCCCGUU